AAAAAAUUCAAAAAGAAGCAUCUAAUGUUGAAUAAGAAACGACAAAGUUAGAAAUGAAUGUCGAACGUUAAAAAACACAUCAAACGUUAGAAUGAAAGCGUCGUAAGCUACAACAAACAUCAAAUUUAGCAAACAAACUUUCAACUAAUUAAUAUUUGAAAAAAAAUCUUUAAAUAUCCUCUUGAACAGACUUCUGACUACGUCUCUGCAAGACAAUAAAAUGGAGCUUUUUACAGAAUUAAAUCACAACUUGACCUAUUUAUUUCAUUACUCAGAAUCGAAUAAAAACAUUUUCCCACCAUUAAUUUAAUGAGAAAAUUUAACAUGGGAUGUGACCUUUAAUGGUUUCCGCGCUUUUUACUUGUACGACGUUUCGGAGAUUGAUGUCUUCAACCUCAGGUACAAAUCAUUUAGAAGACCUCAACUCUGAUAUUAUUUCCUCUGCAGCAGAACGGAAGACUUACAAUGUUUUGCCCAUGACUGUUAAUCAUUACAUUUUAUGUUCAGUUUUUCCUCUCAAUUCAACAUUUAACCGCCCCUACUUGAAGACAACGAGAAAAGUAUUUGUUAAAUAUAAAAUUUUCUUGUUUUUCCUUCACUCUGGGUGAUAAGGUGGUGUGUGCGAUGGCAACGAGAAAGGUGCGUGGUGUUGCUUGGAAAAAAGAAUUUUAUUGCUUCAGUAUGGAAAAAUUUGUCGCGAAGGAAAUCAAGAAUUUCCCGGGUGGGUUUUUCGCGCGCGCCAUAUGCACUUUUUGUCCUGCUAUCAAUUAGCUAGCACAUAGCUUUUAUAAGGGCCUCCACUAUUUAUGUCGUGCAACAGUCACACCGUGCCAUUGAGUGCGAUUUUUUGCACUUUUCCUCGCAUUUGUGAAUAAGAAAAUGUGGCAAUUUAUUCUACCCCUUGUGGUGCUAUGUUCCUUGUGUCAAGGAGAGCCCGAUAACUCAACGAUAUUUGAAUUGGAAUUCCUCAAAUUAAUUGAUCCCAGCUAUGGAGUUACGUGGAUGUUCCUACCUGAUGGCAAUGACACCCUACAGAUUGCCUAUCUCGCCGAAGAGCCACGAAAUUCCUCACGAAUGAGCAUCUUUGAAGUCAAGGAAAAAGUUUCCUUUCACCUCUACAACAGAAAGCACAGCAAGGAUGGAAUAAGAAUUCGAAAGACACGAAGUUUGCGUUCAGCCAGGAAACGCGAAGCAUCCGAUGUCUUCGACCCGAACCUGGAGACAAAAUUCCUCAUCCACGGGUGGCAAUCGAGUAAAUCCACUGACACAAUUCAGAACAUAAAAAACAACUACCUGAAGGUCGCCGAUAUGAACGUUAUCGCCGUGGACUGGAGUGAAUUGGCCGGGAAUAUUUUCUACAUUACACCCGUCAUGCAGACCCGCGAUGUGGGAGAGACUGUUGCCGAGAUGAUAGAGCAUCUGGUGACCACGAGGAAUGCCUCAAUGGCCAAGAUGCACCUCAUUGGGCAUAGUCUUGGGGCGCAUUGUGCUGGAUUUGCUGGAAGCAAACUGGGUGGACGAGUUGGGAGGAUAUCAGGACUAGAUCCAGCUAAUCCAGGUUUCGAGGGAACUCCUCCGAGUGAGAGGCUCGACCCCACAGACGCUCUCUUUGUCGAUGUGAUCCACACUUCGGCUGGAACGGCGGGAAUCUCUAUGAGGUGCGGUCAUGUUGAUUUCUACCCCAACGGAGGGGCGCGUCAACCCAACUGCAAUUACCUCCCAAUCGAUAUCCUGGAGGCUUGCAGCCAUGGAAGAUCGCAUGAGUAUUUCGCCGAAUCUAUCUUCUCAAAUCAAUUCAUCAGCUACCCAUGCAGAACGUGGGCUGGUUACAAAGCCAAUCGCUGUGGGAAGCAUACAGAACUAAUGGGAGAUCCCGUAUCAAGGAAUGCACGAGGAGUCUACUACCUCGAAACCAAUGGAAAGUCCCCCUAUGCCAAAGGAAAAACCCAUUGAUGAAUCUCACUUUGAGAGCUCAAAAAGCUUGAAUGUAACUGAAGAGAAUUACAAAAAAAACGCAAUAAAAAUUAAUUUUGAGAAGAAAAAAGAGUGGAAAGAGCGAGACGACAAAACUAAAUAUAAU